AUGUGGCGUCGAGCUGGGGCCAAUUUACCCCCCAUUAUUCCUGCUCUUACAGGAUGCGUGGUUCCUUUUCCCGUCUGUUCUCCCCGACGAGUGAUCCACGGCGAGGUUCGGCAUCACAACACCGACACCAACAACACUCGCAUCCCAUGGGACUUCACGAUGGCAAGCUAUGAGGAGAUCAACAACGUCAUCCUCCCUAAGUUUCCGCGCAGCCGCCGCAGGAGCGCCAUUAUUCCACUGCUGCACCUCGCACAACGGCAACAGGGCGGGUACAUUCCAGUGACGGCCAUGUACAAAAUUGCCCGCAUCUGUGAGGUGCCUCCAAUGCAGGUAUUUGAAACAGUCACGUUUUACUCCAUGUUCAACCGCCAACCUGUGGGAAAAUAUCACAUUCAGUUCUGCGUCACAACCCCCUGCAUGCUAUGUGGCUGCGACGAACUCGUCCACCGCACCGAGGCAUACCUCAAUGUGAAAAUGCAUGGUACAACCCGUGACGGACUCAUUACGCUGGGUGAGAUGCAGUGCCUUGGGGCUUGUGUGAACGCACCCAUGCUUGUGGUAAGCGACUACAGUCGGCCACCACAUUUUUCAUAUGACUUUGUGGAAGACCUUACGUGGGAUAGUGUCAAGGAACUGAUUGAGAACUUACGUGAAGGGCGCCCAUUUAAGGUGGGGACGUGUCGAGAAGACCGUCGAUGGUCGGAACCGGCAGGUGGCAGAACGUCAAUUUUUAUGAAAGAGCCACCAAAGCCGUAUUGCAGGGACUUAGAUGCGAAACCGGUACAACCAGGCGCCUCCACCGGCGGCGCAGCAAAGAAGUAG